GAUUCUACAAUACCCUCAUCAGAGCUCUCUCUCUCUCACAGUUGUGAAGUCUUCCAACUUGUUUUAGUAGUGCUUCUAGUGGUCACAGCCACACACCUUCUUAUCUCUGCUUCUUUGGCUAACUCUAUCUCACUUAUGAACUACUAGAGUCUUUUCAUUUUGCUUCCAACUUGUUUUUAAGUGCUUCUUGUGGUCACAGAUACAUAUAGCUCCUUUGUAUCUCUCUUGUUUUCUAUACUUCCCAAAAACGUGGGUACCUUCAUUCUACAAACCCUAUAUGAUCCUCUAGCUUAUGAUAAUAAUGACAAAACCUAUCAAAACUUUUAUGGGUUUCUUUGAAUCUUGAAAGCAUGAUCUCCACAUCCUAAUGAAAAAGGCACAUUCUUUUUGUAUAUGCAUUGAAUAGCUUCAUUGUGUUCUAUAAAAUCUCAUUCUCUAAGCUAGCUAUUAUUAUUAGCCGACCUAACUAAACCAACCAUGGAGCUCCCUCAGAUUUUCUCUUUGUUUUCCUCCAUUUUCCUGUGCUUUUUCAUGCUUUCCAUUCAGGGUAGUAGAUACUCGGGUCUUCGCUUGUUGUCUCAAAUUUCACUCCCUCCAUCUCCUGCACCUGAGGCUGCUGCUGCCCCUGCCCCAACUCAAAUUUCACUCCCUCCAUCUCCUGCACCAAAGGCUGCUGCUGCCCCUGCCCCAACUCAAAUUUCACUCCCUCUAUCUCUUGCACCUAAGGCUGCUGCUGCUGCCCCUGCCCCAACUCAAAUUUCACUCCCUCCAUCUCCUGCACCUAAGGCUGCUGCUGCCCCUGCCCCAACUCAAAUUUCACUCCCUCUAUCUCCUGCACCUAAGGCUGCUGCUGCCCCUGCCCCAACUUCACAAACACGAAGUUACUAUUCUAGUGCUGUUUUUAAUGUAUUGUCAUUUGGUGCUGUUGGGGAUGGUGUCACAGAUGACACUCAAGCAUUCAAGAUGGCUUGGGACACCGUUUGCCAAUCUGAAUCAGUGACAUUGCUCGUUCCUCGUCACUAUUCCUUCAUGAUUCAAUCUACAAUCUUCACAGGGCCAUGUCAAAGUGGCCUGGUAUUUCAGAUUGAUGGAACUCUGAUGCCACCAGAUGGACCCGACUCAUGGCCUAAAAAGAACAGUAGGCGACAAUGGCUCGUGUUUUACAGACUCAGUGGAAUGGCAAUGCAAGGGGGUGGUCUAAUAGAUGGGAGAGGAGAGAAAUGGUGGAAUCUUCCUUGCAAACCUCACAAAGGAGUUAAUGGGAGAACCUUGCCCGGUCCGUGCGAUAGUCCAGUUGCUAUAAGGUUCGUUAUGAGCUCAAAUUUGACAAUACAAGGACUUAAAAUCAAGAACAGUCCACAGUUCCACUUCCGGUUUGAUGGUUGCCGGGAUGUGCAUGUAGACUUGCUUUACAUAACAGCACCUUCUCAAAGCCCCAACACAGAUGGAAUUCACAUAGAGAAUUCAAACAACGUGAAAAUUUACAAUUCUGUCAUCUCCAACGGUGAUGAUUGUGUAUCUAUUGGAGCUGGUUGUUAUAAUGUAGACAUAAGGAAUAUAACAUGUGGUCCUAGUCAUGGAAUAAGUAUUGGCAGCCUUGGCCUCCGAAACUCCCGAGCUUGCGUGUCAAACAUCACAGUAACUGACUCCGUGGUCAAGCACUCUGACAAUGGAGUCCGGAUCAAGACAUGGCAAGGUGGAUCAGGAUCAGUAUCUAAGGUGACCUUCAACAACAUUCAAAUGGACACUGUUAGAAACCCUAUCAUCAUAGACCAAUACUAUUGCCAAACCAAGGGCUGCACCAACCAGACAUCUGCAGUGUACAUUUCUGAUAUUUUGUAUUCAGAAAUUAAGGGUACUUACGACAUCAGAAGCCCACCGAUGCAUUUGGCGUGCAGUGACACCAUGCCAUGCACUAAUCUCACAUUCUCGGACGUGGAAUUGCUUCCUGCUCAAGGGCAGUUGUUGCUCGAUCCAUUUUGCUGGAAUGCGUAUGGAGAUAUGAGAACACUGACUAUUCCACCGGUGUAUUGCUUGUCCGAGGGAACACCGCAGUCAAUACCACAAAAUGAUGUUGAUCGGUGCUGA